CCCCACGGCCAUUCAUAUACUAGCGGUAUUUGUAAGUUACAAAAUCAUUUCAAUGCAUCGACACCUUGACGGGAGAGAGUGUAGAAUGCCGAUUGUGCCAAACCAUGAAUACAGCUACACAGGAGGUCUAUCAUUGCGAUGGACAGGCGCAAUCCUUUCAACAUAGUUUGAACGGGUUUUCCACACCAGUUGUUUGGUUAAUUUUUGCGGCUUUCCAUUUGGGCCGUGCAGUGGAGGUCACCAAACUGGGUAAAAGAGCUGCCGUGAUGCUGAUUCAAAAAUUUGGCAACAGCAGUCUAGGCUUAGCAUAUGCUGUUGAACUAUCAGAGGUGCUUUUGGCACCCUUUGUCCCAAGUAAUACUGCGCGCGGUGGUGGCAUCGUCUUGCCAAUUGUAUCGGCCUUAACGUCGUCACUCGGAUCGACCAUCGACACCGACCCGCAGCUCGGAGCUCUUCUUAGUUUGGUUGGUGCUCACUCCAACUUGGUUUCAGCAUCGCUUUUCAUGACGGGAAUGGCAGCCAAUCCUCUAGUGGUUACCAAGGCUAAGACAGUGUUCCCCGGCAUAGAGUUUAAUUUUGUUCAAUGGACUCUUGGUGCCUCGGUUCCCGCUCUGAUGACGAUGCUAAUAAUGCCUAUACUCUUCAUGUGGUGGUGCAGUACUGAUCGUCAAGUUGGUUCUCGAGAGCAAGUCAAACUACUUGUUCAGGACCAAUUUGCGGAAUUGGGAACCAUGAAAAAUUGUGAGAAGCGGCUUUGCGGCAUUCUGUUACUUUGCUUAAUGCUCUGGGUAGGAUCGGAUUUAGACUCCGGGCUGGUUGCCCUGCUAGGCAUAACGUUUUUGCUGUUCACUGAUACCCUGACUUGGAAAGACAUAGUGACAAAUACCAAUGCUUGGGAUACACUUUUUUGGCUUGGAGGGUUUGUUACCAUUGCACAACAGCUGAGUGACGCCGGAGCGUCCGAAUACCUUGGCAAAAAUAUAUCAUCUGGCAUCGUCUCGCUCAAUUUGCCUGCGGUUCCUACACUCCCGAUAUUGUACUUUGUCACCAGUUUCAUGUUCUCGUCAUUAAGCACUCACAUUGUUGCUUUAAAUGUGACAUUUAUGGAAGCUGGCAAGCAUCUCAAUGUCAACCCUAUGUUGCUUGUACCUUGCAUUGCUUACUUUUCUUCCCUAGGUGGAUGCAUGACGAACUUUUCAACGGGAACCGUGGCGAUGUACUUUUCUAAAGGGUUUAUUAGUAGGGGCCGCUGGUUCUCUAUUGGCGCUCGCAUAGCUGUUUUGCAUUUGUUGAUGUAUUUCACGGUUGGCGUUUUAUGGUGGAGAUGCCUUGGAUGGCUUUGAUAGCCAAGAAGGCAAAAUAGAACAUAUAGAAAAUGUUUUUGAAAUGAUUAAAAUGUAUAUUACUUAUUAUUUUCUUCUCGUGCCAUCAAUACUCAAACCGAAGGUGCACUGAAAAAAGCCAAAAG